GUUUGAUAGAUAGUGCAAGCAGAAAGAAUCUGAGGAGGAGUGCUGUGGUGCUUCAAGAAGCAACGAAAAGGAUACGCCUAGUAAGCUAUUAGUAUUCGGAAAGAUGCUAUGCGGCAUAUAUUCUGUUCAGUUGAACCUAUUCAUUAACCCGGAGUAGGUGUUGUCGGACGAUGAACACGAGAUCUACGAACGUGACAGACGAGGACCGGAGUAGCAAUGAUAGUCGCGAUGAAUGAUUUAAGAUUGAAAUAACAGAGUCAAACAGUAUCAGAGACAAACCAAAGAGUAUCCAGCGCUAGAAUGGCAAAGUCAGUUCCACCAUACACCUGGGAGCGUGGGUUCCGGGAGCCUACUUCCCAGCCCCAGUGGCUGGAGGAGCCUGCCAGCUCCGAAAGUGAUUGUUACGUACCUCCUCCUGCGGAGGAGCUUGUUACAUCGACGGUGCACAAUGACCUGGGGAUCAAUGUUCUCCGAACUUGGCCGACAAUGUAUGACGGGACUAAUUCCCCCCAUGGGACACCGGAGUGGUGGAAUCCACCAAGCGAGGUGGACGUUCUUAUAUGUGGAGCUGGACCAAGUGGCUUGGAAGUAGCUCUUAGUCUCGUCAGACAAGGUGUCUCAUUUCGAAUCGUUGAUAAAGCGGAAGGCCCCCUUGUUGCGGGGCGUGCAGAUGGAGUCCAGCCGCGUUUCCUCGAGAUUCUGAACACCUGGGGCCUUGCUAAGGAGGUCCACGAAGAAGGUCCCAUCAUCGAACGUACUGCCAUCUACAAGGAUGGUAAGAAGCUCUUCUUCAAUCGCUCACACCAAUCAGACUCGCGAUACCGCGGACUCCAUAUCAUCACCCAGGGCCAGAUUGAGAGACUCUACAUAAGAGACCUCAUGCGCCACAAAGUUCUCGUUGAACGCAGCACCACACUGAAGCAUUAUAAGGUUCAAAACGAUGGUUCCGAGUACCCGGUCCAUGCCACCUUGAUCAACUCGCGUACUGGCGUCGAACAGAAUGUGCGUGCCAAAUUUCUCGUCGGAAGCGAUGGAGCGGCCAGCCAGAUCCGUAAGAGUCUCAACAUUCCCUUCGACGGCAUGAGUACGGACAUUUACUGGGGCAUCAUGGAUUGCAUCUUCGAGAGCGAUUACCCCCAUGCUUGGGUCUUCGGAUCGGUCAUUAGUUCCAAGUACGGUGGCUGCGUCAUUAUCCCCAGAGAAGACGGAUACAUCAGGUUGUACACACAGCUCGAUGUAUCCCACACCGGGGGCAUCUCUCAAUCUCGCCAGGCCAAAGAUGCAUCCUUCGCCGAGUCCGGCGGGAAAGUGGACGUGCACUCAAUCACGCCCCAGGAGGUCCUCGAGCAGGCGAAUAGGAUCUUCUCGCCCUACAAGCUCAAGUUCGCAGCCCCACUGAGCUGGUUUGCCGUCUGGAAGAUCUCUGAGCGUGUGGCUCGCACAUUUUCAUCCGAUGAUCUUCGCGUACACCUCGUCGGUGAUGCAUCGCAUGUUCACAGCGUGAUGGGAGCGUUUGGCCUCAACGCUUCCAUCAUGGACGCCUCCAACCUCGCCUGGAAGAUGGGUUUGGUCGCCCAAAAUAAGGCGAAAUUCGAGACGCUCAUGGCGACGUACACCCCGGAGCGGCGUGAGCAUGCCUGUCGCAUCAUCGAGACGUCGGGAGAGUAUCUGCGCUUUGUGUGUGCCACGAAGCUGGAUAUCGCGGACGUUAGAAGCUAUGGGAAUAACAACAAGUCGGCCAGCGGGACGAAGGGUACGAGCGUCAAUGGCAGUGCGAAAGCUUCGGUCAACGGCACCGGUCAAGUUUCCACCAACGGCACCACGCAGGCCUCAGUCAACGGUACCACGCAAGCCUCAGUCAACGGUACCACACAAUCCUCAGUAAACGGCACCACGAAAGCUAUCACCAACGGCACCCACAAGCAGCCCCUGGCCACAACCCGCGAAGAGGACCUCAAAUUCCUAGCCGAUUUCUUCUCCCGAAACGGCCAGUUCCUGCUCGGCGUCGACGCGCCCUUCGAAACCUCUGUCCUGACCCCUCCCCAACCCACUGCGGACUCCCAAGAUGACUGGCGCACACGACCAUUGCGCGUAAACCACGGAGUUCGCGCCCCGAACCCCCGAGUCUGCUUCUCCACGGAAGAGACGGGCUACUUGUACGACAAGAUGACCGGAGCGGCAACCUUCCACAUCCUCAUCUUCGGGUCCUCGCUAUCUGGCACCGUUGGCAAGAGGGUAUCUGCUUUCUCCAAAGCGUUCGCGCCGGGGGGAUUCUACCAUAAAUUUGGUGGCCAUGAUCGUUUCAAUAUCAUUCUCGUGAUCAAGAGGCUUCCCUUUGAGACGGAUGAAGUCUUGUCGACGCCUGAAUUGCAGACAUUGAGGGAGUAUUGUACGGUGGUGUACGAUGACCGGGCGCCGGACGAGGAUGCGCAUACGACGUGGGGGGCGAAUCAUGCUCAGGGCGGUCUUGCGGUGGUCAGGCCUGAUCUGUGGGUGGGUAUGACGGCGUUUCCGGAUGAGGUUGAGGCGGUGGAAGAGUAUUUCGAUGGGUUCCUGCUUCCGGUACAGUAGCCCAGGCGUCCGAAGGAUGGGGACUGUGGCUUUCCACGUCCGACUGACAUCCGCUUGUGCUUUCUGUGCAGAUGAGAUUAGUUAGUCAGCGCACCUCUGCCGGCAACUACCUGGUAAUGCUAUAAGUAGAACUUUGUUUUAAAGCUUAUUAUACGUAGAUAGAGGUGCUCCAAAGCUGAUUGCAAGCUCCGCUCUAUUGCUGCACCUCCUGGCCGCUUGAUUGGACGUGGAAACCAGCAGUACGACGGAAGUACGG